UUCAUGCGAUCUUGCCAGACCUAUUGGAGAAAUCCCCCCAAGGCAAGAUCUGUCACUGUUCACUCUUUUGUGGGGAAGACGAUCAGAAACUAUGUUAAAUGCGACAAGAAAUACAGCGGAGUCUGUUAUAAAGGCGUCGAGAGGUUUCCGGCCAGAUUGGCUCAGUGUGAAGGGAGCAGGUUUCAACAGUUGACGCGGAGAGAGAACUGAGCGCAGGAAAAGCGAUUAAUUUUGAUUAUCUGAAAUCUUCCAACACCUCUGUUGUUUUUUGGGGGGGCAUUUUUUUUCCUCGCAGCGUUUACGGGGACAGCACAGAGGAGGAUUGUCCGAAUGAAGGAUGCAAGAGCGCUGGGUCCAAUUGGACUGGAUUAUGGGAUUACUGGACUGAUUAUAGGACAAUCAUCGGGCAAAAGUCGCAGCCGUGCCGUAGAUGGUCUUGAAUGACGGGAACACAAAAGGUUGGACAGGAGUAUCAGCUCUAUAUCCGGCUUUUAUUCUACUUUGUGGCAUGGGAAGGCUGUGUGUGCCUCACGGACAGAACGCAUAUGCAACAGUGUGCUGCACAGGGAAAAAGUAAAUGCGUUGUGAAUGGUAACAUCAGGCAAUGCUGCAUUUUGAAUGGCCAUGUCAGUAUUUGCAGUAGCCUAGGUGUAGAUGUCGCAUGAGGGCAAUGCGCUUUUGUAAGCCAUGGUCUAACCUUCACCACAGAGAUUCAAACGCUUUAACCUUGGAUGCGGUAUGGGAUAUUAAUACUUUAUAUCCAUUGAUUAUUCAUUAAGUCCCACGUUAAGGACAAACAAAGCAUUUUUCGUGCGCUAUGUUGAAUUUGAUAUUUAAUUCAUACAUCAGGUGUCGUCGGGCGGUCAUCUUUGUUUACAGAAAGAGUUCAUCAUAGACACACGGCAUGUGAAAGAGCUUACGAUACCGAUUAAGAGAAGACAACGCUUCACAAAUCUGUUAAAUGCCUAAUUAAUGUGAGAUCGGCGUCGACCACAUGCCUGGUGAGGGUUUAGUACUCUAGGUUUGCCGUAAUCAACAGGUUGAAAGUCAACGAGGAUUUUCUCUUCUCUUUUCUCUUCUUUUUCUUUUCUGUCUGCCACUACUGCAUAUCUAGUUGAAGGGAUGCGUCUCUCUGUACCCGUUUUCUUUCUCCUGUGGGUUAAAGCCCUGACAUUGAAAAAUCUUAAUUAUUCUGUCCCGGAGGAGCAGGGACCUGGGACUGUUAUAGGUAAUAUAGCAAAAGAUGCCGGAUAUGGGACCAUUGAGAGAGGAAAAAAAUCGAACUUCAGAGUACUGGAGAAUUCUGCACCACAUUUGGUGGACGUUGACCCCGAGAGUGGACUAAUUUUUACCAAACAAAGGAUUGACAGGGAGACGUUGUGCAGGCGCAACCCAAAGUGCCAGCUCUCUAUGGAGGUGUUUGCCAACGACAAGGAAAUUUGCAUGAUCAAGAUUGAUAUACAGGACAUCAACGACAACUCGCCCAGUUUUCCUUCAGAUCAUGUGAAUAUUGAUAUUUCAGAAAACGCUGCUGCUGGGACACGUUUCCCUCUGACAAUUGCACAUGACUCAGAUUCUGGGGAAAAUGGGAUAAAGACCUAUCAAGUCACAAGAGAUGAUUACAAUACCUUUUCUUUGGAUUUAAAAGUGAGGGGUGAUGGGACCAUAUAUCCAGAGCUGGUUGUUCAGAGACCUCUGGAUAGAGAGGACCAGAGUCAUCACACCCUUCUUCUCACUGCAAUUGAUGGUGGGGAGUAUCCGAGAUCAGGCUCCAUGCAGAUCAACGUCAGAGUGACUGAUUCGAAUGACAAUAGCCCAAUUUUUGAUAAAUCCUCCUAUGUGCUAGAGAUUCCAGAGAAUUCCCCCCCUGGAAAAGUACUUAUAGAUCUUAAUGCCACUGAUCAAGAUGAGGGAAGCAACGGGCAGGUGGUUUAUUCCUUCACUGGAUAUGCAUCUGAGCGAAUACAAGAUUUGUUCUCCAUAGAUCCCAAUACUGGCGUCAUCAAGGUCCAAGGAGAGAUUGACUUUGAGGAGAAUCCAAUCUUAGAGUUUGAUGUGCAGGCUAAAGAUCUGGGGCCCAAUCCGAUACCAGGCCAUUGCAAAAUUACUGUCAAAGUACUGGACAAAAAUGAUAACUCACCAGUAAUAAGUUUUGUUUCUGUCCGACAGGGAGCCAUCAGUGAGGCGGCUCCUCCAGAAUCUGUCAUAGCGCUGGUCAGAGUGACGGAUAAAGAUUCUGGUCGUAAUGGUCAACUUCAGUGUAGGGUGCUGGGAAAUGUACCUUUCAGACUGCAGGAAAAUAAUGAUAAUUUUUACACUCUGCUCACAGACAGACCUCUGGACAGAGAAAUGAAAGAUGAAUACAAUGUAACAAUUGUAGCGAGAGACAAUGGGAUCCCUUCUUUGAACAACACUAGGUCAUUUACUGUGAAGAUUUUAGAUGAGAAUGACAAUGCACCACGUUUUACGAAGACAUUGUAUGUAUUACAGGUGCCUGAGAACAACAUCCCAGGGGAAUACUUGGGCUCCAUUUUGGCCCAUGACCCUGAUGUGGGCCGAAAUGGAACAGUGUCAUACUCCAUUCUGCCUUCACAUAUAGGGGAUGUCUCAGUGUACACUUAUGUGUCUGUUAAUCCCACCAACGGAGCCAUAUAUGCCUCACGCUCUUUCAACUAUGAGCAAACAAAGUCUUUUGAGUUUAAAGUUCAAGCUAAAGAUGGUGGCUCCCCUCACAUGGAGAGCACUUCUAUAGUCAGGGUCAAUGUCCUUGAUGUGAAUGACAAUCUCCCAGUUAUUAUUUUACCCCUCCUGCAAAAUGAUACAGCUGAAAUCCCAGUGCCUAGAAAUGUGGGUAUUGGGUACAUUGUGGCUACAGUGAAAGCAGUGGACCAUGACCAUGGAGAAAGUGGCCAUUUAACCUAUGAGAUCACAGAGGGAAAUGACGACCACCUGUUUGAUAUGGAUCCAGUGGGAGGAGAGGUCAGAACUGCCCAUGCUCUUUGGGAAGAGAUUGCCCCGGUGGUUGAGCUGGUGGUGAAGGUAACUGACCAUGGCAAGCCCCCCUUAUCUGCCGUGGCUAAGCUGAUCAUUAAGGCGAACACAGAAACAGCAGCAGGAGGGGGCUCCAGCGCGAGUGGGGAACAGCAGCACUGGGAUGUGUCCCUGCCCCUCAUAGUUACCCUCUGCAUUAUCUCUGUCAUGCUCUUAGCCGUCAUGACUGCCAUCGCUGUCAAGUCCAAGCAUCAAGAUAAGGAGACUGGGAAUUAUAACUGCCGCAUGGCUGAGUACUCCAAUCCUCCAGUGGGGAAGGGAAAAAAGAAAAGGAUCAACAAGAGUGACAUCAUGCUGGUGCAGAGUGAGAUGGAGGAGAGAGAUUCUGCGAGUCGGAUGAAUGUGGUGAGCAGUCCUUCUCUCAUCACCUCACCAAUAUGUUUUGACUACCAGAGCCCUCUGCCACUCACACUGCCCAGGUCAGAGGUCAUGUAUCUGAAAACCACCCCGAACAGCCUGACUGUUCCCAGGUCCGGCUGCCACUCCAGCUUUGCUGGGCUCAGCACAGACACUCCAGCAAAUAGGAUGUCAGUGAUACAGACUGAAAAUUUCUCCUCAGAACCCAAUUAUGCUGGCAGCAGGCAGCCAUUUGUUCAAAGCUCAACAUUUAAGGAUGCAGAACGAGCAAGCCUCAGAGACAGUGGCCAUGGUGAUAGUGACCAGGCUGAUAGUGACCAGGAUACUAAUAAAGGCUCACACUGCGACACAUCUGCCAGGGAGGCCCUCAAGAUGAAAGCAGCAGCAGUUAAUGGCCAGCCUUUUGAGAAGGAGCAAGACAAAUCAGUCCACUGCACCGAUGAAUGUCGUGCACUGGGGCAUUCUGACAGAUGCUGGAUGCCAAAGUUACGGGUAGGAAGCCAAGCAGACAGCGCAGAUAAUCGCACCAACCUUUUCAUCCCUGUGGGAAUGGAUGCCAUGGUAGAGACAGAGAUUUAUGGCACCAUCAGCUGCAACAGCAGAAAAACCCUCAGCACGUUUGGAAAAGAACAGCGGGAUAGUACAAUCCUUGUGGCCAAUGUCAAACCUUACUUAAAAUCGCAGUGUGCUCUAAGCCCACCUCUACAAGAGAGUCCAUCUGCAUCCAGCAGUCCCACCAAGAGUAGUGUGCCCCUGGACUUGGCCAAGCAAGAGUCCAAAGAAGAGAGGGACGUUGGAUCCGACAGCAGUGCCUAUGGCCCUCCAGAUGGCCAAUGCUCCCCACUGCACACUGAGUUGGAGGAGCCCUCCUACCUGACUUGCGAGCUCAGGCCUAAGUCCCUGACAAGCAGUCUCAUUCACAGCUCUGUCAUCAGCCAAGAGUGCGGGGGGUCAGAUUGUGCUCUUGACCCAAGGGACUCUGGUAACUGACAGGAGAGGCUAUCACGCUCUGUCUCCCUUGCUAGUAGGUGUGAUGAUGCCCUCACUGAUUGAUGACCAAGAGGUGAUUUAUUUUGAUCCGCUGAGGUGUUCAGACAAGCAUUGUAUAACCAAAAACCAUCUGCUUUGUAUGUUUUUUCAUUUUAGAUUUUUUUUUACUUAACUAUUAUUUUUGAGUUUGUGACUUGUUGUGUUUAGGUGAAAUACGUGUCUGACUGCUGUGAAG